AUGAGUUCACCACAGUCAGAUCCGCAUCCGUCCGACGCAGAACUGGCCGAAGCAGCAGCUUUCCAGGUCUUUGACAAAGAUGGAACUUCCUACCCCUUUUCGAGUUUGUAUGAAGGCGAGGGGACAGUAGCGAUUGUGUUUAUCAGACACUUUUUCUGUGGGAGUUGCCAAGAUUACCUUCGAGCUCUAUCAAACCCGCCGAUAAUUCCCCCUGAUACCCCCGGGAAGAAAUUGAUUAUUGUUGGGCAGGGGGAUCCUGCCGUGAUCAAGACUUACACCGCAGAAACCGGAUGCGUGUUCCCUAUCUAUACGGAGCCUACUGGAGGUUUAUACACUCUCUUUGGUAUGAUAAAGAAUUUGAAGCUAGGAGAGAAACCGGAGUACAUUCAGCAGAGCGUAAUUAGCAGUAUAGCCACCAGCUUUGUUUCGGCUCUUAAAUGGGGGGGCAGAAAAGGAGGUGAUUACCAGCAGAACGGCGGAGAAUGGAUGUGGGAGAAUGGGAAGCUGGUUUGGUGCCACCGGAUGAAGAAUACCAGAGAUCAUUUGGAAGUGAAAUAUUGGAAGGUCUUGGGAUUGUGAAGGUUUAUACUUGAUAUUAUCGACGAGAUAGUUUAUGAUGAUGAGCAGUGCAUUGACAAUUCGGUAAUAGCCUAGUCGCUCACCUCACGCAGUAUUUAUAUUAUUAGGUUUCUAUUUCU